AUGGCCCCGCGCCCGAGCGCGUCGCUGCUGACGGCCUUCCUGCGCGGCACGAGCUCGCUGCUUUCUGCGCGGGCCGCCAGCCACUGCGCCCCGGGCGCUGCCGCCGCGGCGAUGCCGCUCGGCCUGGCCAGCUGGCGUCACGUCCCGACCGCUCCCGUCCGCGCGGCCUUCGCACCGGCCACACCGCGCUGGGUGUGCCGAUUCGGCAGCACCGCACUGCGUGGCGAAACCUUCGUCGCGGCCGCCAAGAAGCGGCGACGCCGGCCGCAGGCGCCCCGCGACGACUGGGACACGUUCAUCCACGCCGACGUCGUCCAGCUGCCGCGGCGGCACGGUCCGCAGCCCCAUGCGGGCGGCGCAAGGCGCGGCCGGCGCCGGACGGCGUCGCCGGGCCGCGGACGGCCGCCGCCGACGCGCGAGUACUCCCAGGACGCGGCCGCCGCGCCCGCGCGCCGCCGCCGGCCCUCGAACCCUCGGAAGUCCGGCAAACAACACAAGAGCGACGAGCGGAAGAAGAAGAUUGUUGUGGUCGAACCUGUCGCUGUGCGCAAGUCCACGCUCGCGCGGUGGAGCGACGACGACAGCGGCGACGAGGCCGAGCGGCGCCGCGCGCCGCGCGGCGACCCGCCGCCCGCGCUGCCGCUGCCGGCGCUGGAGGCGGCGGGGGCGCCGCACGCGUGGUUCGCGCGGCGGGUGCGGCACGAGGUCCCGGGGCCCGUGCUGACGCUCCUGGACGUUCUGCUGGCCGAGGGCAUCGACGCGUGGCUCGUCGGGGGCUGCCUGAGGGACAUCGCGCUCGGGGCGAGACCGCGCGACUUUGACGUCGUGGCGUCCGCGCGGCCCGCGCGGGUGAAGGCGAUUCUGCGGCGCAAGGAGCACAACUACGCCGUGAUGACGUGGGGCCGCAGGAUCCCGCUCGCGAACAUCAAGCUGCCGUCGGGAGAGACCGUGGAGUUGACGCAGCUGCGCAAACUGGAGCACGCGCAAACCGGAAACGGCUCCGGGGGGCAGCCCGCGCUGCUUGGGGGCCGCGGCGGACCGAGGGAGGCGCGGGAGCGCGCGGAGUGGGAGGCGCGGUGGCUGCGGGCCAUCGCCGCGGACUUGGCUGCGCGCGACAUGACGUGCAACGCGGUGGUGUACAAUCGGCACAUCGGCGGGCGGGACGGGCUGGUGCUGGACCCGAUGGGCGGGCUGCGGGACAUGCAGGAGGGGCGGCUGCGGAUGUGCGGCGACGCGGCCGUGAGGAUCGAAGAGGACCCGGUCCGCGCGCUGCGUGUCGCGCGCAUGUGGGCGCGGUUCCCGGGGUUGUCGCCGUCGGAGGAGCUGGUGGACCUGAUCGCGGCGUGUCGGCCGCUGGUGCCGCGGGUGUCUCCGGACCGCGUCCGGCUCGAGGUGGUGCGGAUGCUGCAGGGCUCGGCGAGGCAGGGAAUCGCCAGACUGUCGAAGCUCCAGCUGCUCGACGUGAUGUACCCGUUCAUGGCGGAAUGCGUCGGGGCGACCCCGAGCGCGAUGCAGAGCGCCCUCCUGGCGUCGUACGACCACGCCUUUGCCCACGGCCAGGACCCCGACGACAUCAGCGGCAUAUUCCCGGCAUUCGCCGCCAUCUGCUUCGUCUGGAAGGACGUCCACGACGUCGAGGAGGCCGCGCAGCGCCUGAAGGAGCUCGUCGCGGACAAGGAGGUGCGCAAGGACCUGGUGCACAGGGGCCAGAUGUGCGGCGCCAAGCUGAGCUCGUGUGUGAUGGGCGCGGGGCGCGGGCCGCGCGUGCAAAGCGCGCUCACGGCGCUGAACAGGCGGUGGGACGACGAGUGCGAGAAGCGCGAGGGCGAGGCUUCGGCGGAGUCGCUGGCGGCGGCGCUGCGGGGGGGGCCUGACUCGCGGACGUUCAACGCUCUGCGGGCGGUUCUGCUCGGGACGCUCUGGAGGGCGGCCGCGAGCAAGGAGGGCGACGCGGCGCGCGACGAGCUGCACGAGGCCGCGUAG